CAUGCGCGGUCAGCGCCUUCUCUUCCUCUCGUAAGCGGCAGGUUGUUUGGGCGCCAUGAGCAGCAAAGUGUCCCGCGAUACCCUGUACGAGGCCGUGCGGGAGGUUCUGCACGGACCCCAGCGAAAACGCCGAAAGUUCCUGGAGACCAUAGAGUUGCAGAUCAGCCUGAAGAACUAUGACCCCCAGAAAGACAAGCGUUUCUCCGGCACCGUCAGGCUGAAGUCCACGCCCCGGCCCAAGUUCUCCGUUUGUGUCCUGGGUGACCAACAGCACUGCGAUGAGGCGAAGGCCGUGGAAGUGCCCCACAUGGACAUCGAGGCCCUCAAGAAGCUCAACAAGAAUAAGAAGCUUGUGAAGAAGUUGGCUAAGAAGUAUGAUGCCUUCUUGGCCUCCGAGUCGCUGAUCAAGCAGAUUCCCCGCAUUCUGGGACCCGGCCUGAACAAAGCGGGCAAGUUCCCCUCCCUGCUUACCCACAAUGAGAACAUGGUGGCGAAAGUCGACGAGGUCAAGUCCACCAUCAAGUUCCAGAUGAAGAAGGUGCUCUGUCUGGCUGUGGCUGUUGGUCACAUCAAGAUGACAGAGGAUGAGCUGGUAUAUAACAUUCACCUGGCAGUCAACUUCUUGGUGUCACUGCUGAAAAAGAACUGGCAGAAUGUGCGGGCGCUGUACAUCAAGAGCACUAUGGGCAAGCCCCAGCGCCUGUACUAGCCCUGCACCUAUUAAAAGUUGAGAACUGGCUGCCUUUUCAGAAA